AUGGCUUCUAACCUCUUUGUGUUCUUUCUGACAUGUUUGCUUGUCGGAGCAAAUGGACACAGGAUUUAUUCGAAAUCGUCCUCCUCUGUGCCCCAGAAAAAUGUAUUUUUUUUAGUCAAUGUUGGUCAGGCUGUUACUUUAGAAUGUUCUUCUGAAAAUCAAAUUUCAAGACGGAUAGUAUGGUACAAGCAAAUUUUAGGUAAAAACCCUGAACUCAUAUCCAGUUUCUAUGUAUAUGACACAGAAGUGACCUUUUAUGGUGAAUUCAAGAACAAUCCACGUUUCCUACUGGACAUAGAACACCAAAAUCAUCACUUACAGAUUUUGAAUUUGCAAUUUUCAGAUUCAGCUACUUAUAACUGUCUUAGUUAUGGAUCUUACACACUAACAUUUUUGAAAAGCUAUACCAUCCAUGUGAAGGAUGCUUCUUUUUAUCUCAGAGAAUCAGUAGAUUUGUCGUCCAUGCAGGAGGCUGCAUGGACAAGAGACUCUGUGACUCUGAACUGUACAGUACACACUGGGAGCUGUGAUGGAGAACACAGAGUUUACUGGUUCAGAGACUCUGAAAACUCUCAUCCAGGACUCAUUUACACUGAUGGAGGCAGGAAUGAUCAGUGUGAGAAAACAAAGAACAACACAAAAACACACACCUGUUUCUACGAGCUGCCCAUGGAAAACUUGGAUGACUCCCAUGUCAGGAUCUACUGUGCUGUUGUCUCAUGUGGACACAUACUGUUUGGAAAGAUGGACCUCAAAGCUCCUCUGAACUCUAUGAUCCUUCACACUUUGGUUGGAUUAUUGACCAUCAUGAGCGUCCUCGUUGUUUUUCUGCUUUUUCUUCUGUGGAAGAUCAACAAGAGAAACAACCACACCUCCACAGAGGAAAGAUCACCUGCUGCCCCCUUAAGAACCUCAGAGGCUGAGAACAAAGACACAGAAAACAUCCAUUAUGCUGCAAUAAAUAUGAAGAGGUCCAACAGAUCAAGAAGACAGAAGAACGACUCCAACACAGACUGUGUUUAUACGAGUGUGAGACAACAGAACUAA